UUUGGCUUAGUCCCUCUGAGCUUGGAGAGCCUAUAGCUUUUUCUGUGGAUAAAUCCAGGGAUGGAUGGAAGUACUAAAGGCAGAUCGAGGAGUAACAUUGUUGAGGACUUCGGAUCGCAGCGAACUCUUAAAAGGAGAUUUUCCCUAAUAAAUUUUUUGCUCUAAUGUCUGGAAUCAGCCCUUGGAAUAUAGCUCCUGCAUAUUUGCUGCAUUUGGUGAACGCAUGCUUUUAGGAAAGCGCUGUUCUAAAUUUAUCUGACUUAUCUGAAUCAUCUUGACUGCACAUGCACUUGCCAGCCUUGUGUGUUGAUAUUUGGUAACUUUGUGAAGUCACUUUUCUGUUUUCUUAGCGGUGAGUGUUAAGUCCUUUGGGAAGGAGCCUUAGCUGAAGUAAGAAACUUCUCUAAAACAAGAAUUAUGAAAAUUUUUGGCUAAAGAGUGCUUCAGGAGUUAUUACUAACCACUUUGAGAAGACUUUGUUUGAGCCCUUCUGCUACAUCUGUGCCUUCAAUUCCUCCUCCUUUGUGUAAAGGCAGACAAGUGGAUUUUUUGCAGGAUUCAGCAAUUUUGUCAAAGGAAAUUCAGUUAGAUUUAAACCUUCACGACUGCUCCAAAGGAAGAGAGCGUUAAGUUUUCAGAAGGAGUUCUCAUUUGAAGAUAAAGAAGAACUUGCAAACAGCACAAAGGAUAUUGAUGCUAAUCUCUUAGCAGUACUUCCAAAAGUUUCAGAAUUAAGAAAACUGUUUGAACCAAACAACCAAGAUUUUUUGGAAAUGAAAAGAAAAGAGAGAAUAGCUAGACGCUUAGAAGGAAUUGAAAAUGAUACGCAACCUAUGCUUCUACAAAACUGCCCAGGGUCAGUUACACACCGUUUACUAGAAGAGGAUACACCAAGGUAUAUGCGUGCAACUGAUCCAUACAGUCAUCACUUAGGAAGAUCAAAUGAAGAGGAGGAAACCUCAGAUUCUUCUGUAGAAAAACAACCCAGGUCAUCCAGAUACCGAGCAGAAAUCACAGGAGGAAAUACAGAGUCCUUGUAUACAGGAAACAUGGAUACCCACGAACUAGAGUCUAAAGCAGAAAGAAUAGCUAGAUACAAGGCAGAGAGGCGGCGCCAGCUGGCAGAAAAAUAUGGAUUAUCUCUUGAUUCUGAUUUGGAUUCUGACUACUCGUCUAGAUAUACACGGGCAAGGAAAGAUCCUGACAGUUUGGAAAGAAAGGGAGUGAAAAGUGAAAGGCAAGAUGAUGAAAGUAAGGACUCUAGUUCCUUGUAUUCAUCCAGGACUGAGGUGAAGGAGUCAAAGAGUGUGAUUUCUGAAUCCAAGGAGUACUCCAGGCAUGAAAAAGAUGGUAUUCCAGCUAAAGAAGAGCUCUCAAAUGAAAAGAGUGAUAAAAAGGCAGAUGAUGAUAGUGCCAUUAGGCAGGCUUCUGACCCAUUAGCAACAUUGGAUAGUUCUGUCUCUCAUACCCUUUCUGGACGAGAAUCUUCCUCUUAUAAUGAAGUGCCAAUAUCACCAAAGCAAACCCCCAGAGAGUCCCUUUCUUCACCAAAGCGGGCAGCCUCACCAAUCCAUUUGCAGAAUGACCAGCCCUUGCACAGUAACAUCAGACAAAGUAGUGCAGGGAAAUCAAAACCUGAGUGGUUUCUUCAGAAAGAUUCGGAAGGGGACACACCUUCACUUAUCAGCUGGCCCUCCAGAGUAAAAGUUAGAGAGAAACUGGUGAAAGAGGAAAGCGCGCGUGGAAGCCCCGAACCUGUCACAGACAGUGUCCCUCAGAGAAAGUCCCAUCCCAUGCCAGCCCACUACAUGCCUCUCCAGACAGAAACGUCUGCCUUUGACAGGGUUGUAAAUCAGCCCGUCAGCGCGGUCCGCCAACCAAUACAUGGCUAUAUCCAGCCUGCUGGCGUUGCUCACACGGCUCAGCUGAUGGCAACUGAAGAAGCAGAAAAUCUCCCCGUUGGCAGCCGCCUCGUAGCAGACAGCGUCAGCCUGCUAACAAAACCAGCAGCGGCCCCAGCGUCGGAGAGCGACAAGAAAGAGGCGCUCGGUUAUGGAGCAAAGCCUGAUGAAGAGGAGGCCCUGGAGGGUGAGCAGGCUUCCAAAGGCAGAAGGCCCAUCUUGCCGUCUGAGAUCCGCAAGCAAGGGAAGAGCCACGAAGGCCUCUUUGGAGGAGGAGAACUGGAUACCACCACCAUGGGGAGCUCCUCUUCUGCCAGCAAGCCGAAAGUCAACUCGGAAGUUCAGAGGGAGCUAGAGUGCAAUAGGAGACAGGGUCCUGAGCAGCCCCCGAAGGCCCCGGAGAACAUAGAAAGGAGCGAAGCGGUUAUGUACAUACAGAGCGGGUCCGUGUCGCAGCCUGACAAGGCAAAAGGGCCCGUCUGGAAAGUGUCAACAGCAAAGCAUAAAGUCCUGACUCGCUCCAUGUCUGACUAUACGGUGGCUCCUAAGCUAGCAUCUUUUCAUAGUAAGGAGAGCACGGAAGCAAAUGCAGCAAAUGGUGAGAUUGGCAUGGUUGACACAAAAGUCUCUGUUGCCCAGCUCCGUAAUGUCUUUCUGGAAACUGCUAAUGCCAACAAGAAAACAGACCUCGAGUCUCGGUUUGAGAUGUCAACGUCAGGUAGCGCUUUGUCUGCCAAUGGGGAUCGCGAAAGAGGGCCACGAAGGCCGAGGCGCUAUUUUACUCCUGGUGAAAAUAGAAAGACUUCUGAGAGAUUUAAAACUCAACCUAUAACGUCAGCAGAACGAAAGGAGACGGAUAGGUCAUUUUUGAGUGCAGAAAUACCAACUGCCGAUGAUGAAGAAAAAUUAGAUGACCGAGCCAAACUAAGUGUAGCUGCAAAGAGGCUGCUUUUUAGAGAAAUGGAAAAAUCAUUUGAAAUGAAGAAUAUUCCUAAACCACCUACAAGAAGUUCAGCAGUAGAGAGAAGACUGCGGCGUUUGCAGGAUAGAUCGCACACACAACCAAUUACCAGUGAGGAAGUGGUCAUUGCAGCUUCUGAACCUACCCCUGCUUCACGUUCUGUGAAUACCCACACAGUAGUGACAAGAGUACCUAGUCCCACUGUAGUUAAGAGCACUGUACAACCUAUCAGCUUGCAGGCAUCAGCACACCAAAAAAUUUUAGCUAAAGAGGAGAUAAGAGCAGCCAAAGAGGCGAUGGGGCAAGAUCAGUCUGAUGAACCAGAUUCUUCCACAUUAAGUUUGGCAGAAAAGAUGGCUUUGUUUAACAAACUGUCUCAACCAGUAUCCAGGGCCAUCUCCACAAGGAGUCGAGGAGACAUUAGGCACAGGAGGAUGAAUGCUCGUUACCAGACCCAGCCCGUCACUCUUGGAGAAGUUGAGCAGAUGCAAUGGAAAAAGAGUAAACCGGUGCAAAGUGAAAGUGGAAAAAUUGCUCCCCUGCCAACCGCAGUCGCAACAUCAGUUGCAACAAUGGCUUCUGCCCUUUCUGCACUGUUUGCCGGAGACCUGCAUGCGAAGCAAGCCAGAGAUGGAAGCGUGAGUGCUGCCACAAAAGCUGAUUUGAGAUUCCACACUUCAGCCGAAAACUCGGAGUCUUCAGGAAAACACAUGCAGAAGUCAGAACAGUGGCAGCCUUCAUCAGAACUGCUAGAAAGCAAAAGAUCAUCAAAGAAGCAUGAAGAAGAGGGAAAGAGGUUUCUGGCACAUGAGGCUAAUGAAAUUAGAAAGUACAGCUCCUUUGAGGAAGAAACCACACAUCCUGUUCCUGAAAAAACAGGGGACUACCAUAAAGAAUCUACAUACAGCUUCCUGAGGAAGGGCAGCAUGGAACUGUUUAGUUCACAAGCACUUUUUCAGCCUCUUGAGCAUAAGGAAAUGGAUACUAGCAUGCAAGACCAUGUUGAGUCUACUUCUGAACUCACCAGCACAUCAGCAACGAGGACUGUUUCACAGACUGCAGCUGUGGCAUCCUGUAGACUGCAGGAGCUCUCCGAACAAUUGGAAGGAAAAUUUUAUAAGAACUCCUGUGAGAUGUUUUCUGUUGGAGAGAACAAAACACAAGCAGCUGAAGAUGUCCUUGAUAGUUCCAGCAAAACGAUGUCAAUUAAGGAAAGGUUGGCAUUGCUGAAGAAGAGUGGUGAAGAAGAUUGGAAGAGCAGGCUCAGCAAAAAGCAAGAGUAUGCAAAAGUGUCUGCCACUGAUCGUAGUGCACAAAUGCAAGAAGUUGAGCAGCUGUUGAAGAAGGAACCUGUAUAUGCUUCUACUUACUCUCCUGUUAUACCUGCUGUCCAUAAAUUUCAUCCUUUUCUACCUAUUAAUCAGAGGCUAGCAGAUAAUCAGGAGAGUCAAAUGACUAUUGAAGAAAGAAAACACCUGAUUACAGCUCGAGAAGAAGCCUGGAAAUCCAAGGGUAAAGGAGCAGCCAAUGACUCCACGCAGUUCACUGUAGCUGGCCGAAUGGUUAAAAAAGGCCUGGCUUCUCCAAGUGCACUAACACCAGUAGCAUCCCCUUUCAGUAACAGGCAGAAGUCUACCACUCCAGUGACAAAGCCCUUGGAAGAAAUUGAAGCCAGGCCUGAUAUGCAAUUGGAAUCCGAUAUGAAGCUCGACAAGCUGGAGUCGUUCUUGGGAAGGCUGAAUAACAAAGUUGCUGGGAUGCCAGAGACAGUAUUGACAGUUACAGGAAAAUCUGUGAAAGAGGUGAUGAAGCUGGAUGAUGAUGAAACAUUUUCCAAAUUUUAUCGCCAUGUGGAUUUCCCUUCCUCCUCAGUGCCUUUGGACCUUGAUGAGGACUUUGAUGCCAUCUUUGAUCCCUAUGCACCAAAGUUAAUAUCUUCUGUAGCAGAGCACAAACGUGCAGUGAGGCCUAUGCGCCGAGUUCAGUCUUCAAGAAAUCCCCUGAAAAUGCUGGCAGCAAGAGAAGAUAUACUUCAUGAGUACACUGAACAAAGACUGAAUGUUGCCUUCAUGGAAUCAAAGAGAAUGAAAGUAGAAAAAAUGUCCACAAACUCAAAUUUCUCAGAAGUAGCACUUGCUGGCCUGGCAAGCAAGGAGAACUUCAGCAAUGUUAGCCUGCGGAGUGUUAAUCUCACAGAGCAAAAUUCUAACAACAGUGCUGUGCCAUACAAGAAGCUAAUGCUGCUGCAAAUUAAAGGAAGAAGACAUGUUCAAACAAGAUUAGUUGAACCAAGGGCCUCAUCACUGAACAGUGGAGACUGUUUCCUGUUGUUAACUCCACACCUCUGUUUCUUGUGGGUAGGAGAGUUUGCAAAUGUCAUAGAAAAAGCAAAGGCUUCAGAACUUGCAACUUUAAUUCAAACAAAGAGGGAACUUGGCUGUAGAGCUUCAUAUAUACAGACUAUUGAAGAAGGAAUAAAUACCCAUACCCAUGCAGCCAAAGACUUCUGGAAACUCCUUGGUGGCCAGACAAAUUACCAGUCUGCUGGAAGUCCUGAAGAAGAUGAAAUGUAUGAAGCUGCCAUAAUAGAAACAAAUUGCAUUUACCGCCUCGUAGAGGAUAAACUCAUUCCUGAGGACGACUACUGGGGAAAGAUGCCAAAAUGUACCCUGCUACAACCAAAAGAGGUGCUGGUGUUUGAUUUUGGCAGUGAAGUGUAUGUGUGGCAUGGAAAGGAAGUUACUUUAGCGCAAAGAAAAGUGGCGUUCCAGCUGGCAAAACACUUGUGGAAUGGCACCUUUGACUACUCAAAUUGUGACAUAAAUCCUCUGGACCCAGGAGAAUGCAAUCCCAUCAUACCAAGAAAGGGACAAGGACGUCCAGACUGGGCUGUGUUUGGCAGACUCACAGAACAUAAUGAGACCAUACUGUUCAAAGAAAAGUUUCUUGAUUGGACAGAGCUGAAGAAACUCAAUGAGAAGAAUUCUAGUGAAUCCCUUCACCAGAAGGAAGAAUCCAGAUCUGAGACUAAACCAUACGAUGUCAUGCUAAUGGUAGCUGUGCCCCAGACUACUGUAGGCACAGUCUUAGACGGAAUGAAUAUUGGCCGGGGCUAUGGACUUGUAGAAGGAGAAGAUGGAAGGCAGUUUGAAAUUAUCACUGCGUCUGUGGAUGUCUGGCACAUCCUCGAAUUCGAUUAUAGUAGGCUGCCUAAACAAAGCAUAGGACAAUUCCAUGAGGGAGACACAUAUGUUGUGAAGUGGAAGUACAUGGUGAGCACUACAGUUGGAAGCAGGCAAAAAGGAGAGCAACAAGUAAGGGCUGUUGGAAAGGAGAAAUGUGUGUAUUUCUUUUGGCAAGGAAGACACUCCACGGUGAGUGAGAAAGGGACAUCAGCACUGAUGACAGUGGAGCUUGAUGAAGAGAGAGGAGCACAGGUACAAGUGCUUCAAGGGAAAGAACCACCAUGCUUCCUGCAGUGCUUCCAAGGAGGAAUGAUUGUGCAUGCUGGAAGAAGGGAAGAGGAGGAAGAAAAUGCACAAAGUGACUGGAGACUAUAUUGCGUGCGAGGAGAAGUUCCCAAUGAAGGAAACUUACUUGAAGUAGCAUGUCACUGCAGCAGCCUGCGUUCCCGGACAUCCAUGAUUGUCCUCAAUAUAAAUAAAGCCCUUAUCUACCUGUGGCAUGGCUGCAAAGCACAAUCUCACACCAAGGAAGUAGGAAGAACAGCAGCCAAUAAAAUAAAAGAACAAUGUCCGCUGGAAGCAGGGCUGCACAGCAGCAGCAAGGUGACAAUACAUGAAUGUGAUGAAGGGUCAGAGCCUUUGGGAUUCUGGGAUGCGUUGGGAAGGCGAGAUCGAAAGGCCUAUGACUGCAUGUUGCAAGAUCCUGGAAAGUUUAAUUUCACCCCACGCCUGUUCAGCCUCAGUAGUUCUUCGGGAGAAUUCGCAGCCACCGAGUUCGUCUACCCUUCAAGAGACCCUGCUGUCAUCAAUUCUAUGCCGUUCUUGCAAGAGGAUCUCUACACUGCCCCACAGCCAGCACUGUUCCUUGUUGACAAUCACCAUGAAGUGUACCUGUGGCAAGGCUGGUGGCCUGUGGAAAACAAAAUUGCUGGAUCAGCUCGAAUCAGGUGGGCUACAGACAGGAAAAGCGCGAUGGAGACAGUGCUCCAGUACUGCAAAGGAAAAAAUGUAAAGAAGCCCCCAAAAUCCUAUCUAAUUCAUGCUGGCCUAGAGCCUCUGACCUUCACUAAUAUGUUCCCAAGCUGGGAACACAGGGAAGACAUCGCAGAGAUCACAGAAAUGGAUGCCGAUGUUUCUAAUCAGAUAAUCCUUGUAGAGGAUGUGCUGGCCAAGCUGUGUAAAACUGUGUAUCCACUAGCAGAUCUCUUAGCCAGGCCUUUACCUGAGGGAGUUGAUCCACUGAAGCUUGAAAUUUAUCUUUCAGAUGAGGACUUCGAGGUUGCAUUAGAGAUGACGAGAGAAGAGUACAAUGCACUGCCAUCGUGGAAGCAGGUUAAUCUGAAGAAGGCAAAAGGACUUUUCUAAGCUGUGUUUAUUGGAGUGAGCUCUAAAGGGAUGUCUGUUUUCACUUUCUAUGCCCUUUAGCAGAAUUGUACCCCACAUUUACAAAAUAAAUAGAAAUAAUCUGAAGUUAUUAGUGACUACCUAUCUGGAGGUGUGUAAUAUUAUAAAAGGCCAAGAGAACUCUUUGGAAAUGGAAUUUGAUUUUGACUCUUAAAGGUAAUGUGUUUAAGCUCUGCUCUCCUAUGCACUUAACCAGUAGUUUCUCAAGCUACUGCUGUAGCUGUCCUUUGGCUCUAUACAAUACUUGCCAUUUUGUUUUUGAAGAAGUUCUCUUUGUAAAGUGUUAUUUUGUUAGUUUGUGGAUUACAAAGAAUUUAUAUUUAUAUAAACACAUAGAACAAGUAUGUAUUUAACAAUGCAAUAUAUAUUCACUUUCGAGACUUUCAUGUCAAAAAUACAGAAAAGUAGCUGGAUGGCAGUUGCUUGUACUGAAUUAGCUAUACCACCAACAUGUAUCUCUUAAGCAUUCUGAAAAGUUUCUCUUUGCAAUAGGUAAUGAAUUGUUCUCAGUGCUGCUUCAGGUGCUAAACUGAACAAAGCGUUUGUAUUUAUAGCAUGGAUUUCUUGAGAAACUAUGCGAAUCGACCUUUAUACUUUAAUAUCCAAAAAUGUAUAGUGCCUUGUUUUUUGUGUACAGUUUAUAUACAAAAAAAGAUUGGUCUGCAUUUUGAAGAUGGCUUAGAACGGUCUCCUACGUUACUUUUAUAACAGUAGAAAUAAAAACAUCUCAGUUUCUAAUACUUGUUGUAAACAUUAAACAUGUCUUUUGUGAUAUAAGAACUGAAAGUAAAAGCUUCUGAAAUAAACUCUUAGCAAUGCUCUGA